CGCUGUGACACCUGCUGGCGGCGGCGGGACGAGGCGGGCCGGCUCACGGCGGGCGGAGCGCAGCGGAGGGGAGCGGAGCGGAGCGGAGAGACCGUGCCCGCCGCGGGGCGCUCCGCGGUGAUGCGCGGCCGCCCCCCGGUGCGGGGCACGGCGGGGCCGGGCGUCCCCUGAGCUUCGGCGGGGCACUGCGGUAGCGGCGCUGCCGCGGCGGCGGCUCCGCGCCCCCCGCCCGUCCUCCCCUUUCUCCUCCUCCUCCUCCUCCUCCGCCGCGCCACUUCCAGGGGAGGCUGGUGUCAUGCGGCUGGCGCCGAGGGAGGGGUGCCCGGGGCCGCAGCGGCAGUGAGAGGCGCCGAGCCGAGCCCCCUGCGAUGACAGCCAUGAAGGAGCAGCCGGCGCACCCGGGCGGCAGGGGGAACCCGCCGCCGCCGCAGCCCGACCAGGAACUUGGAAGUAACAGCCCUCCGCAGAGGAACUGGAAGGGAAUUGCUAUUGCGCUGCUGGUGAUUCUAGUUGUUUGUUCACUCAUCACUAUGUCUGUCAUUCUUUUAACCCCAGAUGAACUUGCAAAUUCAUCAGAAACCAGAUUGUCCUUGGAAGAUCUCUUCAGAAAAGAGUUCAUAGUUCAUAAUCCAGAAGCCAAAUGGAUUAAUGAUACAGCAGUGGUGUAUAAAAAUAGGAAUGGACAUGUUGUUGAACUGAAUGUAGAAACAAAUACAACUACGUUAUUAUUGGAAAAUACAACUUUUGUAACAUUCAAAGCAUCAAGAUACUCAGUUUCACCAGACUUAAGAUUUGUUCUUCUUGCGUAUGAUGUUAAACAGGUUUUUCAUUAUUCUUAUACAGCUUCAUAUGUGAUUUAUAACAUACACACAGGGGAAGUUUGGGAGUUAAACCCUCCAGAAGUAGAGGAUUCAGUUUUACAGUAUGCAGCCUGGGGCGUCCAAGGACAGCAACUGAUUUAUAUUUUUGAAAAUAACAUCUACUAUCAGCCUGAUGUAAAGAGUAGCUCAUUGCGCCUGACAUCUUCGGGAAAAGAAGGAAUUAUUUUUAAUGGAAUUGCAGACUGGUUAUAUGAAGAGGAAAUUCUUCAUUCUCACAUUGCCCACUGGUGGUCUCCAGACGGUGAAAGACUGGCGUUCCUGACCAUAAAUGACUCUCUGGUACCGAACAUGGUUAUUCCCCGGUUUACUGGAGGUCUGUAUCCAAAAGGAAAGCAGUAUCCGUAUCCUAAGGCAGGUCAAACAAACCCAACAAUAAAGCUGUUUGUAGUUAAUCUGUAUGGACCAGCACAUACACUGGAACUGAUGCCACCUGACAGCUUUAAAUCAAGGGAAUAUUACAUCACCAUGGUGAAAUGGAUAAGCAACACCAAGGCUGUGGUGAGAUGGUUAAACAGACCUCAGAAUAUCUCCAUCCUUACCGUUUGUGAAACCACAACUGGGGCUUGCAGCAGGAAGUAUGAAAUGCAGUCAGACCUGUGGCUUCCUAAACAGAAUGAAGAACCAGUUUUCUCCAAGGACGGCAGUAAGUUCUUCAUGACUGUCCCAGUGAAGCAGGGAGGCCGGGGUGAAUUUCACCACAUAGCCAUGUUUAUUGUUCAGCCUAAAAGCGAACAAAUCGGUGUGAGACACCUGACAUCAGGAAACUGGGAAGUUAUCAAAAUCCUGGCAUAUGAUGAAAAUACUCAAAACAUUUAUUUCUUAAGCACUGAAGAAUCCCCAAGAGGAAGACAGCUACAUAGUGUAUCAACAGUGGGAUCAUUGAAUCGUCAGUGUCUCUCGUGCAACUUCUUGAAAGAUCAGUGCACAUACUUCAGUGCAAAGUUUAGCCCCAUGAAUAGGCAUUUUUUACUGCACUGUAAAGGGCCAGGCGUUCCAGUUGUUAGCGUGCACAGUACAAGUAAUACUGCACAGUUUUAUAUUUUGGAAAAUAAUGCUGUGUUGAAAGAAGCUGUUUUUAAGAAAAAGAAUUCCAGGACUGAAAUUAAAAUGCUUCACAUUGAGGAUUACGAACUCCCUUUACAGUUGUCACUACCAAAAGAUUUCACGGAUCGAAACCAGUAUGCCCUUCUAUUAAUAAUUGAUGAAGCUCCAGGCAGCCAGUUGGUUACAGAUAAGUUUCACAUUGACUGGGACUCAGUGCUUGUCAACUCUGAUAAUGUCAUCGUAGCUCGAUUUGAUGGCAGAGGGAGUGGAUUUCAAGGCCUUAAGAUUCUACAGGAGGUCCACCGAUGCUUAGGAUCAGUGGAAGUGAAGGACCAAAUAGCAGCCGUAGAAUCACUGUUGAAACAGCCCUUCAUUGAUCCUAAGAGGCUGAGUAUAUUUGGAAAGGGAUACGGUGGCUACAUUGCAUCAAUGAUCCUGAAAUCCAGUGAACGGCUCUUCAAGUGCGGAGCGGUGGUGGCACCAAUUACAGAUAUGAAGUUGUAUGCAUCAGCUUUUUCAGAAAGAUACCUUGGUACUCCAUCAAAAGAGGAAAAUAUGUAUCAGGCAUCCAGCGUAUUACACAACCUUCAUGGUUUAAAAGAAGCGAAUUUGCUAAUAGUUCAUGGGACAGCUGAUACUAAAGUCCACUUCCAGCAUUCAGCGGAAUUAAUUAAACAUCUAAUUAAAGCUGGAGUUAAUUACACUAUGCAGAUCUACCCGGAUGAAGGUCAUAACAUUGCUUCUGAGAAAAGCAAAUAUCACCUUUACAGCACAAUCCUUGGGUUUUUUAGUGCUUGUUUAAAGGAGGAGACACCAAUUUUACCGCAGGAACCUGAAGAGGAUGAAUAAGGAAGCCUAUUUGUGUAGUACUGAAGGGGACUUACUUUGCGGCUCAAUAAAACCUUAAAUAAAAGUGACUGUAAGAUUGCAGAUUCUGCAGAAGCUCAAGGGCAGCUAAAGGAUAUCACAGUGGAACAGCACAUUUACAGACAAUGAGCUAAUAAACUGGAAUUCGACUACAAAGUCCAAACAUAUUACCAAGGGACAAAACCUUUACCUUUGUGGAAGGUCAGCAGUUGGUUACAGUUUCCUGGAAGAACUUAGUUUUGCAUAAGUGUAGGGUUAGUGCAUGUUUGUUAUGUUAAGCCUCACUGUUGGUUCUGUAAGUGGUUGCUCGUUUUUUAAUUUAAAUGCACAUCUUUAUUCAUCUUUGCGUAAUGCACAACCUAUCAUAUGUAUUAUGGCCACUAAUAUUUUAAAAGGUGAGCUGCAACCUAACACUUUACUGUAAUGUUACAAUAAGUGCAAUUCUUUCACUGUCUAUUACACAUAAGAAACCACAGAGAUAAUAAAGGGCACGAUAUUUUCUCUAGUUUCUGCUCAAAGGGGAUAUAUUGUCUAGUGCAUCAUAUAACAUUGAUAUUGAAAAUGAUUUUUUUCCCAAUUUCAGCAUUUACUAUUACUGUACCUACUAGUAACCAAUAAGGGAAUUUUUGGUAGCGUACUCUUGGUCUUUAUGUAUAUACCCAGGACUCCCUAAGCAGAAAAUCUUUCUGAGCUUGAAGAAUUUUUUUCAAGACGUAACUAACAGCUGUAUUUAAAACAAUAUCUGCAAUUGAAAUCUUUCCCCGGUCCAAAAUGUAUCUAUCUAUUGUUUCCUUAAAAUAUGUUUGGGUUGUGUUUUGGUAUUGUUUAUAGUAGUUAAUAGUUUGCUGGUUAUACUCUAAUUUUAGAAUAUGCUACUUUGUCACAUGUAAAUUAGAUACAUAAAUAUUAAAUUAUAGUUUCAGAUAAAGAAAAUUUAUUAACAAUGUAUAAUGCCACUGAGUAAUACUUUACUCCUCAAAUGAAGACAUAUUUUGUAUAGUGCAUCUUCCUUUUCUUCCAUCUGAUCUCAGAUGUAAUUCUAACGUUCAUCACGGUGGCCGCGUAGCUGGAACACUCCAUUAGUUUUCAUUCCAGGGAUGCUCAUUAAGUGUCUUGCAGCAGGAUUUAGAUUCAAGAGCAUCACAAAGAAAUGAAAUGUUUUUCAUUCAAGGCAAAGGAAGCUCCUGACAAGUUAAAUUUUAUUAUUUAUUCAGAGGGCGAGCCCCUCAUACGUCCAUUUAUUUGCCAAGGGGAAUUACAGCAAUAGAAAUUGAAACUAUGAAAUAAACAAGGCAGCCAGUUUGGGUUUGCAGAAUAUUAACUCUGAUCACUGAAAUCAAGUACAAUGUUGACUUAAUUUAAGGUAUCUUCCUGAAGGUAUGUGAAAACUCUUGACAGAUGCUGUGCCACUUACAUGAGAAUAGCUGUAGUUUUUUUCUUUCUGGAUCUAUUCCAAAUACUUUCCUACCCAAUUAAGGUUUCAUUUCUUGCAAGAUUAAAAAGAAAGUAAUUUUUUGAAGGUAACUUAUACUAUUUAAGAUGCAAAGUUCUGCAUAUUUUAUGAAGAAUGGAAAUUGUUUUUAAUGUAAUCAAAAAUCACCUGAAGCUUUUUACUCAUUACUUUCUUCUGGAAUAUUUUUUUUCAUGGUUAGAGUUUUUUUAUGAUGCAAAUAAUUAAUUUGUCUGAAAGGUGUGGUUUUAUGGAACACUGGAAAGUCUCUGUCUUUUAAUGUUUAGUAUUUAUCUUGUUUUAUUAGCAAUGUUUAACUAUUUUUCAAUUAGUUUAAUACAACUUUAAUGUGCAAUGAUAUCUUGUCUGGGUCCCAGUGUCACCACAAAGUAUGGAGUACAUAUGUAUAGUGUAGGUACAGUAUAUAUGUGUGGAGGCUGCUAUGUGCACUAUGAUAAGACCAUAUGGGGAAAAAAAAGUAAGAAGAAUUCAAACAAGGUUUUGCAAAUCCUGUUUUCUAUAGAGGAGCAACGUUUUAGUCUUCUAUUGGCUGGGACUUCUAGAUUGUGAUUUUAUAAAUUACACCCGUUACUUAAUAAAAGCUCACCUGACAAUA